GGAUUGGAGAGCGCGAUGGCGGGGGAACACUUCCGGGUCAUUCUGGCGGGGAAGAUGGCGGCGCGGUCGGGGUCGAGCGCUCUGGCGGGGAAGAUGCUGCGGCUGGUGCUGGCGGCGGCGGUGCUGGGCCUGCCCGGACAGGCCGGGGCGGCGGCGGCCGGGGGCGGCGGAUCCCGCACUCUGGUGCUGCUGGAGAACAUGAACCUCAAGGACACGCACUCGCUCUUCCUCCGCAGCCUGGCAGGCAGGGGCUUUGAUCUGACAUUCAGGACUGCUGAUGACCCUGGCUUGUCCCUCAUUAAAUAUGGGGAGUUCUUAUAUGACAACUUGAUCAUAUUUUCUCCAUCUGUAGAAGAUUUUGGAGGAAACAUCAACGUGGAGACCAUUGCUGCUUUUAUUGAUGGAGGUGGAAGUGUCCUCGUGGCUGCCAGCUCUGAUAUUGGUGACCCUCUUCGAGAGCUGGGAAGUGAGUGUGGGAUCGAGUUUGAUGAGGAGAAGACCGCAGUCAUUGACCACCAUAACUAUGAUGUCUCUGACCUGGGCCAGCACACCCUCAUCGUUGCUGAUUCCGAGAACCUCCUGAAGGCUCCGACUAUUGUGGGCAAGAGGCCACUGAACCCCAUUCUCUUCCGGGGGGUCGGGAUGGUGGCUGAUCCUGACAACCCUCUGGUGCUGGAUAUUCUCACUGGCUCUUCUACUUCUUACUCCUUCUUUCCGGACAAGCCCAUCACGCAGUACCCUCAUGCUGUUGGAAAGAACACCCUCCUGAUUGCUGGGCUUCAGGCCCGGAAUAAUGCCCGUGUGGUCUUCAGCGGUUCCCUUGACUUCUUCAGUGACGCCUUCUUCAACUCUGCUGUGCAGAAAGCUACGCCCGGCUCUCAGAGGUAUUCCCAGACGGGGAACUACGAGCUGGCCAUCGCCCUCUCCCGCUGGGUGUUCAAGGAGGAGGGAGUCCUGCGCGUGGGAGAGGUCUCGCACCACCGCGUCAGGGAGACGGCACCCCCUAGUGCCUACACCGUCACGGACCUCGUGGAGUACAGCAUCGUCAUUGAAAAGCUGUCGGACGGCAAGUGGGUCCCCUUUGACGGGGACGACAUCCAGCUGGAGUUUGUCCGCAUCGACCCCUUUGUGAGGACGUUCCUCAAGAGGAACGGAGGCAAGUACAGUGUCCAGUUCAAGCUUCCCGAUGUCUACGGAGUCUUCCAGUUCAAAGUGGAUUACAACCGGCUGGGCUACACCCACCUGUACUCCUCGACACAGGUGUCCGUGCGUCCGCUCCAGCACACCCAGUACGAGCGCUUCAUCCCCUCGGCAUACCCGUACUACGCCAGCGCCUUCUCCAUGAUGAUGGGCCUCUUCCUCUUCAGCAUCGUGUUCCUGCACAUGAAAGAGAAGGAGAAGUUGGAUUGAUCGAGCAUCUCCCCGCCGGAGGGAGGGAGGGAGGGGGGAGCCACCCUUCCACGCCGUGUGGACACUCUGGUGCCGGCGCUGGGGUCCCAGCAUCCACCCAGUCACUGAUUGCAACCGGCUGGCCCUCAGGCCGAGGACGAGGAGGAGGAGCGGGAGGGUGGAAGCAGCCAAGAAGGGCCUCUGCGUGGACCUGACCAAUUGCUGGUGUCUGUCAACAUUUUGCCCAUUGUUCCUGCUGCCACUGUCCUGUUUCUGGUCUCCUGACCCAGGAUCACUGGUUUUUGGUUUUUCCAAAUAAAGAGGCAGUUCCCCCCAUCUUCA